CUCCCAUUGCACGUAUACGCUCCGUAGUUAAACCACUCCUAGAAAGACCUUGCCAUUUUCUAUUGCUAUAGACAUUUAUAAGUUUUUUGGUUGAAUACUAUAAAACUAAAAUAAAAACAAAAAAGUUGUGCUCUAGUCUUUUUCUGUCUUUCUCUUCACCUUCCUUGUAUACUUAAAAUAUAUAUAUAUAUAUAUAUAUUGAACCCGAUGGUUGCCGCAAGCUCUUCGGUUAGAAUUGGAAACGAUGCUGAGACGUAUGUGUUUGACAUAGCUCAACUAAAAGACCAUAUUGCUGCUAGUUGUUCUAAUGGUACCUGGGCUUGUUAUGAUAAGACUACUUUACGAGAGGCAUUCAAAGUCCCGAAAGCUCAUUCCAAUAUCACUGGUAUUGUCAGUUAUGAGCAGCAUAAUGGAGUGUUAACGUGCGGUACUGAUGGAAAGUUGCAACUUUGGGAUAUACGAAAUUCAUCAGCUAAGCCAGUUCGAACUUGGUCCUCAGAGUCGGUACCCUUUACGUGUUUGGCGACCAAUCGAGCGGAACAAAUAGCAGUUGGUUCUGAAUUAACACGUUCGUUAGCUUCUAUCUUCCUGCUAGAUGCUAGAAGCGAGCAAAAGAUCAUUCGUCAAUGGAACGAUGCUCACAACGACGAUAUAACUAGUUUACAAUUUCAUCCUAAAGAUAAUAAUUUAUUACUUUCUGGGUCUGUGGAUGGACUGGUUAAUCUUAUUGACAUUACUAAAGAUGAAGAUACAGAGAAUGCCGAUGAAGAUCCGUUGUUGCAUGUUAUAAACCAUGAAGCAUCUAUUCAUCUUGCUCGCUUUCUAGGUAAACGAAGAGUUUUGGCACUGUCUCAUAUGGAAUCUUAUGCUUUAUACAAGUUGAAGCGUGAUUUGGAUGACAAAACAUGGACAAGUAAAGAAGUCGCUUCUGACCAAGACUUACGACAGUCGCUCCCAUGCAGUUAUGUGAUUGAUGCUUUCCCUGGUAAUGAUAAGCACAGCUACAUGCUGGCUUUUGGUACUUUUUCAAGUAAUGAGACACAUUUAGCUUCUUUGGAUACGGAUACUGGCGAAAUAAAUAAAGAAAACGUCGUGUUUGAAAGGAUGAGUACUGAGAUUUGUCGGGCUAUCACUUAUGAUUCUAAAAAUCACGUCUACUAUACAGGUGGUGAAGAUGGCAUGCUACAGUGUUUCGCAGUAUGAUUCCAAAGUUUAAAGCUUAGAAAAAGAAACAUAUAAAAUAGACAUCAUUAUUUAUUUAUUUUUAUCGCUACUGGUAGUUUUGAGUAGGAACAUCACAAUAUAUAAUGUCAUGUACUUUGGCAUCAUUGCCUUAAAGGGAUCAAUGGAUCUGUU